UUCGUCAAGAGACUAUCCUUAACAUCUUUACGUUUUAAAAGCGAUUGCUGAAGUAAAAUAGGGUUUCAUUGUUGCGUGUCGGUAUGAAAGUAAACAAUCUUUAGUUAAGAUUUGUCAAGUGUAGGAAUAUUCAGACAUCUAAGUGGGGUGCGAAUCCACGCCGGUAAAGUCAAGAAGAAAAAGAGAAAAAAAACGACCCCUAAACCACAGGGCCACCGGGACUUUCGGAAACUUGAACUCUCAACUAGACGCAUGUUCAGUGAAGCUUGGAAACACUAAACGACCACGUGACUACCAGGUGUCGCCAUGGCAAUCCACAUCCCUGGUUUGAUCUCCAUUAUUGUGUUUUACUUGCUCAUCCUGGCGGUCGGGAUAUGGGCGGGACGGAAGGCCAAGCAGACGGGGUCGGACGCCAACUCCGAGAAUGUGAUGUUGGCUGGUCGUAACAUUGGUCUCUUGGUGGGGGUCUUCACAAUGACAGCUACAUGGGUGGGCGGAGGUUUUAUCAACGGAACAGCGGAGUACAUAGCACGUGAUGGGUUCGUGUGGUGCCAGGCGCCCUUUGGUUACGCCUGUUCCCUCCUCCUCGGUGGGUUUUUCUUCGCUAAGAAGAUGCGUUCCCAGGGUUAUGUGACGAUGCUUGACCCUUUCUCCCAGAAGUACGGUGAGAGAAUGGGAGGCCUGCUCUACAUUCCAGCCCUGUUGGGCGAGGUAUUCUGGUCUGCAGCUAUCCUAGCUGCUCUAGGGGCCACAUUGUCUGUGAUCCUGGAGUUAGAUACCAAGAUCUCCAUCAUAAUAUCGGCAUGUAUUGCCGUGUUCUACACGCUCUUUGGGGGCUUGUACAGCGUCGCGUACACAGAUGUCGUACAGCUUAUAUGCAUAUUUGUGGGAUUGUGGAUAUCAAUCCCGUUCGCGUUCUCGAACGAAGCCGUGGGUAGCAUCCAGGUUAACGCCACGCAAAACUGGAUCAAGACUCUAGACGGCAAAUAUGCAGGCGUCUACAUUGACAGCUACCUGCUCCUUAUCUUCGGGGGAAUACCCUGGCAGGUAUACUUUCAGCGGGUGUUGUCCGCCAGCUCGGUACGUAACGCCCAAUUGCUAUCCUAUGUGGCGGCGUUUGGUUGCGUGGUCAUGUCAAUCCCGUCUGUACUGAUUGGAGCCAUCGCAACAGUCACAGACUGGAACUCCACCAGGUACUUCGACUCUGGACGCCUGAUUAACGGGUCAUUGCAGGCGGAGGACUACAACCUGGUGCUUCCACUGGUGCUCCAGUACCUGACGCCCCAGGCCGUCGCUUUCAUCGGGCUGGGGGCCGUCUCCGCUGCCGUCAUGUCGUCUGCCGACUCGUCUAUCCUCUCCGCAAGCGCCAUGUUCGCCAGAAAUGUCUACAAGCUAAUCUUCAGGCAGAAGGCCUCUGAGAAUGAAAUCCUGUGGGUGAUGCGUAUUGCGAUAUUCGGUGUGGGCUUCCUGGCCACCAUGAUGGGUAUCGUUGUGGACUCCAUUUAUCUUCUCUGGUUUCUUUGCUCCGACCUCGUCUACGUUGUUCUCUUCCCUCAGCUCCUGUGUGUCAUCUACGUCCGCUGGAGUAACACCUACGGCUCACUGGCGGGCUACAUAAUCGGAUUAUUCUUCCGCCUGGCUGGUGGUGAAACGGCUCUUGGCAUUCCCGUGUUGAUAAAGUACCCGUUCUACAAUGAGGAAGAUGGUCAAUUGUUUCCGUAUAAGACGUUGAGCAUGUUGAUCACACUCAGUUGCAUUCUGAUUUUCUCGUAUUUGACAAAAUACAUAUUUGAGCAUGGAAUACUUUCUGCGCGGAUGGAUAUUUUCAUGUGCGUGGUAAGUUCCCCUGAUGAAGCAAUUUCACUACGAUUCACAGAGCACAGCGAUAUCUCCGCCAUGACGCCGGUGGAUGAGAAAAAUGGAAAAAUAAAUCCUGCACUGAAGUUCUCCUCUGAUGAUCUGUUGCAAGUUAAGAAUGACGUAAACUUGAAGUCAGGCGAAUACGCACCAGAUGGAAAAUAAUUUAGACUUUAGUUUUAGAUUCAUAGACACUAGAUAUGAAUAAUGACAUACGUGUAUUGUAAACGAAGAAUCAUUACAUAGUUUUCAUAAUUACUACUUUUAGAACAGGAGAAAUAAAUGAAGGCAAUGUAUAUACAAACACGUUCAUACUCUAGUUGUUUUCAUAAAACCUCACCACUAUUGUGAACGUAUAAAAUAUUAUUCAUAUUUAUGUACGACCAACCGCAACAAGUAAAAGGAGUAUAUUCUUUGAAUUGCUUAAUAUAAAACAUUGCAUCAUUCAAACUGUUUAAAGUUUUUAUGUGACUUACGUUUUAAUAGUUGGAUGAUAUUUUACUUAACUCAUCUUGACGCAUGAAGAACAGACAUUGUAAACACCUUAUUAUAGCAUAAAAUGUGUGUUUUCGGUCCGUUAUCGUGGUGUAUUAAAACGCAAAAACCCGGGCGUUAUCGGUAGAAAACGUGCAAUAUUUAGUAAAUUCACGUGCCGUUAAUGCCCGGUUUUUUGUUUUACAUAUGAGCUAUCAGGGCCCGCAUCAUACCAAUGGAGGCUGAGCGACCUGGUUUCUGACCGAAUGUGGGUCAACGAUGCAAACUUUUGCACAAAAACAUAUUUUAGCAUAUAUAGCUGCAUACAAAUAUCACACAUGUAAUAAACCACAUAUAACUUACAUAUUUUCUGCUAAGUUGUCUUUUCCUGGCAAGCUGAUAUGUUUACUAGAUAGUUCUUUCUGCAGUUGUUUUGACUUAUUUGUUUCCCUUAAAAGCACUAAAUUAUGUCUUAAACUACUUUCUCCUCCGAACUUUAGUUAUUUCUGUCGAUUUUAUUCACAACAUACGACUUAUAUGGACACGAUUCCAUUACGUCGUAUGCAAUGAACAAAGAAAUAUCAGAUAGAUUUUUCUCUGAUGCUGAAGAUGCUGUACAUUUUAUCAAGAACAUGUUUACAAAAUUUUCAGGCUUAGUUAACAAAACAAAUAAUGGUUAAAGUAGGACUGUAUCGGUAAUUAAUUGAUUACCCAAUAUAUAUUGUGUGUAAAUAAUCCCAGUAAUAAAAAAAACAACACUUUCCAAACGAAUGAACACUGCAAAAAAUGGCAUCAAAACAAAAUGCAACUGCCGAGUUAUGUUGCGGCCCGAAUCGAGCUUAAUGUAAAACUUUCUCAAUGACAUCACUCAUGAAGUCACACAAAGACCUGUUAUAGAGGUUAUUUUGAACUUACUGUUUUUGCAUUUUCGUGACAUUUAACAGCCUUUUUAAACACAAACGCUUCUCAUGGUGUGUAUUUUAUGCAAUAAUAGCGAUAAUACACCUUUUUCGGUAGUUACCAUCUGCAGAGGCCCUUAAAAUAGUUUACAACCCUCGUACUACGCACUCGGGCUGUAAACCAUUUUGGGGGCCUUUGCAGAUGGUAACGACCUCAAAAAGGUCUAUUAACCCUAUAUUAACACACGAUCAAAUUUUCCAUUUCAUAUUCGUUGUUAGAAUAUGUAUUUCAAACCUAACACAUUAAAUGUUUUUGUUUUAAUUUACGAGUUUAACUUUGAGUUAAGUUUCCAUUCACAUUUACUAAAAUUAGGGCUUUAGCUAGAGGGGGUCUGGAGGAUGCUGCAUCCAGUCUUUUAUUGGAAGCACCCUUCUCAUGAUUCUGCCCUCGUGAAGAUCGAAAUGUGCACCCUCCUGAUUUCAUAGAAUAAAAUGCUUAAGAAAAUCAAAUAUUUCUUUUGUCUCUUUUGUUUGGAUUAAAACUUUUAAUAUGAUUAUGAAUUCAAACAAACGUUACAUUUUUAGUAGUUGAAACCUAAUAUUGCUUCAAAUAAGCUCAAUUUCUAACAUUUGCUAUGAAAUUCAUAAUGCUUUAAUUAUUAACUGCCCGAUAAAAUGUGCCCCUUUUUUACCUCAGCACCCUGUUCCUUUUCUGCAGCACCCUGUCCCUUCUAAAACCUGACUAAAACCUUACUAAAAUUCUUAUGAUACCCAGUGGUGCGUUCGUUGUAACCUUCGGUCUUAUUUUCAAAAAUGCGUUAAUCGGUUUACCUUCUUCUUUCAAUGCUAUCUACAUGAUUAUAGUAUUCAUAGACAAUAUAUUUUUUCCAACCUGGUAUAUACUUUUUAUAUUUAUAAGUUACGAUGGUUGCUGUGUUAAAUUGUAAGGAAACGCAUCAAUAGUAGUUCAGAGAAAAACAGUAAAACUGCAAUCAAUCAUGACUUUCUAAAUAAAUAAAUCAAUAAAUAAUCAAUCAAUCAAUCAAUGUACCAUUUAUGAUAUGUGUAUUAUGUUUGUGACCUCAGCUUUUAAUUAAGGUUAUUUUACACCCAUUAUUUAGCAUAGAUAUGUAUAUUAAUGAUGCAAACUUUCAGCGUUGCAUCAUUCUACAAAAUGUCGUAAAGUUAAAAUUUUGGACAAGAAUUGCAUCAUUGAAAUACAAGCAAAUCUAAAUACUUCACACGUAUAGAAGCAGAAAAUAGCCUAGUGUUUUGUAGACUAAAAAAUAUUUUCACAUUUUUUUUCUGUCAAAAAAGUUAUUUAGAAAUUAUCGUCACUUAACUAUUUGUUUACAUCGGUUGUGUACCGUGGUGACCAAUGUGAGAACCCCUCUAGGUCACGUGAUUCCUCAUCUUAACCUUACUCAAUAUGCAUUAGUAUUUUUAGAUUUCAUAUUUGAAGUACCUAUAAAUGAUUUUAACACUGUGAGCCAAAUAUUGGUAUACUUGUAAUGAAUCCGACCCACGGAUAAGCAAGUUCUCUGAUUGCUCCAUUACGCAAUGUAUAUGCUAGCUGAUAACAAAUGUGUAAACUAUAUGAACAUACGAGGGUUGAUCCAGAAUUACGUGGACUUUUUUAAUAAUUCAAAUAUCGUUGCACAUACAACAUAGAAACUUCAUAUACAAUACAUAUAACAUAUCCGGUAUAAUGACUGAAUUUUGGCGGAAUCUCAUAGAUAAACGUGGAAGAAAAGCAUGUUGUGAAAGAUGCAUAUUUUUCUGUAAAUGUACAUUUUAGACGGUGCGCCGACCGUGCGUUCAUGUCAUUUUGAAACCCGUAAUUUUUCAAUACUCAUUCAAUUUACAAACCUAAAAUUCUUAUCGUCUAUGCAGAACACUUUUAAUAAGAUAUUCAUGAAUUUUUAAAUGAUUUAAACGAAAAAUAUAGAAAAUAUUUAAGAAGUCGACGUAAUUCUGGAUCGCCCCUCGUACAUAAAUCAUAUAUAAAUAAUGAACUAUACUCCGACAUACAUUACAUAUUUGGCAACCUUUGAAGACAAAAAUAUUAUUUGUAAUAUUUUUCCCGUUUUUUUUCGAGUCCCUUCUAACGUCUGGACUCGUUUAUUUUUCAAAGUUGCGUUAUUGUCAUAGCCAUUGUGUCUUCAUAUCUUCCGCGUCGUCGUCGAGCUAAAACAUUAACCUUCGGUCCAAAAAUGAACAUCUUUGAGGACAUUGGUAUGAAACUUUGUACAUAUGAUGAUUUAGCAAACCCCAUAUAAACUCCUGAUAAAAUAUUUUUCGAGUAUUCCAAUUUGAUUGUCUGAGAAACACGUAAAACAGUCGAGUCUCGUAAUAUUUAACUCUAUUCUCGAUAUUGGUUAUUUCGAAAAAAAUCGAAUGUUUUGGGUUAAGCUAUACACUUUUUAUGUUUCGAUUAUAUCGAUUGUUCGUUUUCUCGAAGUAUUUUCCGAGGUCCCAGCGACUUCGAAAUAGCGAGUUUUAGCUGUAAUGUGUUAUUGAUGUAUUUAUAAGUAUCACGUUACAUUUGAGAAUAUGCAAGGUGCUCAUAGUUUGUUGUUAAAGGAGCUAGACACCAGAUGGUCCAAAAGUACUGUAUUUCCUCAAAACAAGCCUAGAAUGGUCAAUGCGAGCUAGUAGGAGACCGGUUUAAAUAUUAAAUGCAACAAUCAUGUUGGUGUCUCAACUGUGUUUCCCCGUUUAAAAAUAGCGCAUUAUGGUUUCCCAGUUUAAAUAUUUAAAUCUGUUUAUGAGAACAAAUAAAUAUACCGACGCUAUUUUUAAAAUUACUGGAAUUUACGUAGAAAACAACCCUAGAAAAUUUCGCUUUGGAAAAAUGCGCAAAAAUGCGAAAGAUGCAUGUGUCGUUAGCGAUUUGAUCAAUCAGAAAGUAAAAUUUCAAUGUGUUAUACACAACUAUGUCAAUUUUAUGUAAGUUUUUGACAAUGUUCUUUUUUCUUGCAAUUGUAUCAUCUGAGGUCUUGCCCCUUUAAACUUUUUAUGAAAUUGAUUUGUGAAACUUUUAGAUUUGAAUUAGAAGUAAGUUAAUAUCUGAGACAUUCACUGACUCGUUCCAAGACAAAAAAUAAAAAAAGUUGUCAAAACGUUCAAUAUGUGAGAGUGCAGCUUUAAAGGAGCUUAUCUUUAUGAUAACCAUAGUGAACUGUCUUUUGUUAUGUAAACUCAACUUUUAGUAGUUUGCUCAACGACAUAAGAUCUUGAUAGGCCUAAGACUUUUUGAGAAAUAUUGUAUGCUGUAACAUACAUUACAUUUAUAAAAACAUGUAUGUAUGUUGUUUUAUAGUAGUGUUAUUGAUCUGUUCAUUAUUAUGAGUUUUGUGUAUUUUCGAUAUCAAUUUUAAGUGCUCACAUUUGAAAACCAAAGAGUAAAUGUGUAUUAACAAUUGAAAAAAAUCGGCCAUUCUUACAUAAACAUGCUUAUAUUUCGUCAUUUAGGAAACAUAUCUUUUUGUAGUAUAAUGCAAAUUAUUUUGCAUGUAGAUAUAUAGUUACAUUUUGAUAUGCAUUGUCAUGAAUAUAAAUAUCCCUCUAGAGAGUUGCAUUUGUAUGAAAAACACGUGUUUAUUAACAUACCAGAUAAUACUAACAUUCCAUUUUUAAUGGUCAUAUUUUUUGUGAUUGAAAUAUCCACUUCUCAGUUUCUUUUAUUGUAUAAUACAUUCAAAGUUAGUUAGAAGAAAUAUAUAUAGAAGUACA